AUGGGGCACAGUGAGGGUCUGUCUGACUGCAUUGGACAGCUGGGCAAAGUCCAGACACAGAAUGUUACAGUGAAUGGGAACAAAGGAAACGUCCAGACACAGAAUGUUACAGUGAAUGGGAACAAAGGAAACGUCCAGACACAGAAUGUUACAGUGAAUGGGAACAAAGGAAACGUCCAGACACAGAAUGUUACAGUGAAUGGGAACAAAGGAAACGUCCAGACACAGAAUGUUACAGUGAAUGGGAACAAAGGAAACGUCCAGACACAGAAUGUUACAGUGAAUGGGGACAAAGGAAACGUCCAGACACAGAAUGUUACAGUGAAUGGGAACAAAGGAAACGUCCAGACACAGAAUGUUACAGUGAAUGGGAACAAAGGAAACGUCCAGACACAGAAUGUUACAGUGAAUGGGAACAAAGGAAACGUCCAGACACAGAAUGUUACAGUGAAUGGGGACAAAGGAAACGUCCAGACACAGAAUGUUACAGUGAAUGGGGACAAAGGAAACGUCCAGACACAGAAUGUUACAGUGAAUGGGAACAAAGGAAACGUCCAGACACAGAAUGUUACAGUGAAUGGGGACAAAGGAAACGUCCAGACACAGAAUGUUACAGUGAAUGGGAACAAAGGAAACGUCCAGACACAGAAUGUUACAGUGAAUGGGAACAAAGGAAACGUCCAGACACAGAAUGUUACAGUGAAUGGGAACAAAGGAAACGUCCAGACACAGAAUGUUACAGUGAAUGGGAACAAAGGAAACGUCCAGACACAGAAUGUUACAGUGAAUGGGAACAAAGGAAACGUCCAGACACAGAAUGUUACAGUGAAUGGGGACAAAGGAAACGUCCAGACACAGAAUGUUACAGUGAAUGGGAACAAAGGAAACGUCCAGACACAGAAUGUUACAGUGAAUGGGGACAAAGGAAACGUCCAGACACAGAAUGUUACAGUGAAUGGGAACAAAGGAAACGUCCAGACACAGAAUGUUACAGUGAAUGGGAACAAAGGAAACGUCCAGACACAGAAUGUUACAGUGAAUGGGAACAAAGGAAACGUCCAGACACAGAAUGUUACAGUGAAUGGGGACAAAGGAAACGUCCAGACACAGAAUGUUACAGUGAAUGGGAACAAAGGAAACGUCCAGACACAGAAUGUUACAGUGAAUGGGAACAAAGGAAACGUCCAGACACAGAAUGUUACAGUGAAUGGGGACAAAGGAAACGUCCAGACACAGAAUGUUACAGUGAAUGGGAACAAAGGAAACGUCCAGACACAGAAUGUUACAGUGAAUGGGAACAAAGGAAACGUCCAGACACAGAAUGUUACAGUGAAUGGGAACAAAGGAAACGUCCAGACACAGAAUGUUACAGUGAAUGGGAACAAAGGAAACGUCCAGACACAGAAUGUUACAGUGAAUGGGAACAAAGGAAACGUCCAGACACAGAAUGUUACAGUGAAUGGGAACAAAGGAAACGUCCAGACACAGAAUGUUACAGUGAAUGGGAACAAAGGAAACGUCCAGACACAGAAUGUUACAGUGAAUGGGAACAAAGGAAACGUCCAGACACAGAAUGUUACAGUGAAUGGGAACAAAGGAAACGUCCAGACACAGAAUGUUACAGUGAAUGGGAACAAAGGAAACGUCCAGACACAGAAUGUUACAGUGAAUGGGAACAAAGGAAACGUCCAGACACAGAAUGUUACAGUGAAUGGGGACAAAGGAAACAAAAGGUGUGGUGGUGGGGGGGGGGGGAAAUAG